UGGACCCUCCCACUACAGAAGAGUGACACGCCAUUCAAUCGCUGCCUGGCCCUGCGCUUGUAGGAAUCAGAAGGGAGCGCUGCGCGAAGGCUAGUAACAAAAAAAAGAAAGAAGCAUAUCUGCUGGGAAAACUGAACUACAUCCGCGCUACGAGAAGCAAAAAGAAAAGAAAGUUGAACCGAAUCACGGCGAAAUGGGGAUUCGAAAAAAGGCGAACAAGAACCCACCGGUGCUGAGCCACGAGUUUGUCAUCCAGAACCAUGCAGACAUUGUUUCGUGUGUUGCUAUGGUGUUCCUCCUCGGGCUCAUGUUUGAGGUCACCUCGAAGUUUGCAGUGUUGUUCAUAACCGUCCAGUACAAUGUCACCAUUUCCACAAACGAAGGCCCAGAGGAGACAGCUGUGAACCACUUCCACCAUGGCAUCAAGGACUUGGCCACUGUCUUCUUCUACAUGCUGGUGGCCAUCAUCAUGCAUGCCAUUAUUCAGGAAUAUGUGCUUGACAAAAUCAACCGGAAGAAACACUUCUCCAAAACCAAACACAGCAAGUUUAAUGAGUCGGGACAACUCGGCGCGUUCUACUUUUUCUCCUUUGGUUGGGGCGCGAGCAUCCUUCUCUCUGAAAACUUCCUAUCCAAUCCAGUCACCCUGUGGGAGGGAUAUCCCCAUACACUGAUGCCAUUCCAGAUGAAAUUCUACUUGAUUUGCCAGCUCAGCUACUGGCUGCAUGCUCUCCCGGAACUCUAUUUCCAGAAGACAAAGAAGGAGGAUAUUCCACGCCAGCUUGUGUAUGUUUUCCUGUACCUGGUCCACAUUGCGGGCGCCUACAUUCUGAACCUGAACCGUCUAUGUCUGGUCCUGCUCGUGUUGCACUACUUUGUCGAGUUGCUCUUCCAUGUUUCGCGUCUGAUCUACUUCAGCAACGAAAACAGACAAAUGGGUUUCACCCUAUGGGCCGUACUGUUUGUCCUCGCACGGCUGCUCACCCUGUCCUUGUCCGUCCUCACCGUGGGCUUCGGCCUCGCCAACGCUGACAAUCAAGGCUUUGAUCUGGCCGCAGGAAACUUUAAUGUUCUCUUUGUGCGGAUAACUGUCCUGGCUGCCGUCUGCCUCACUCAGGCCUUCAUGAUGUGGAAAUUUAUCAACUUUCAGCUGCGUCGGUGGAGAGAGCAUGCCCAGGCUCAGACCAUGAAAAAGAAACAGGCGCCUUCCAAGAGCAAAUCGAAGAAGGACAAAGCUAAUGGAGUAAACGGAGUGACCUCCCAUGGAGCGGAUUCACCAAAAGCAAGAAAAGAGAAGUCAUCGUAAACACAUUCCCCUGAGCUCGUCCCGCCGUCUCUCCCUCCCUGUGCCUCCACGUCUGCGUUCAACCGACAGAUCCUCCACCUCACCACCACCACCACCACCACCGUUGCAUUUGUGACUCCCACACAGUGACUGCCCUCCCAGCUGGAUCUCAUGGGCACCGAAUGCGUUUAGCUUUGCUUGUUCGCCAGCCGUUCCAGCGCACCGUGAUUUAACAUUUCCAGUGAAAAGCAAACUAAUUGAAAAAAAAAAAAAUAGAAAUCAACUAUUAAAAACAAAAAAAAAAGUACAGUUAUAUUUAAAAAGAAGUGCCUAUUGAUUGAUACAGAUUGUUUUGUACAGGAUGUGUUUAAUUUUAAGAAUUUCAGGAAUGAUGACAUCAGUGUUAGAAAUUUCUCCUUAGUCAUGCCUUUCCUAAAUACUGUGUUUUCCGGUUUAUAUUUAAUUUCUUUUUUUGCCUUUAAAAUGUGUAGCCCGGUUUCCCCUGACUUCAGUUUAUUAAUUUGUCCCUGUCGUGACUGGAGGUUGUGUACAAGCUUCUUAUAUUCUUCUCCUUUGUAAUAUUAACACCACGGCCUAUUCAAACCCACACAGGAAGAAAACAUUGUUGGUGUUUUCAUUGCGUCACUCACACCACACCUUAAACAGAAGACAGAAUGUGGAAGUAAUACAUAACAUCCAGUCAUUGCUAGAAUACUGGAGAAUGCCGGUCCAGUAUUCUGCAACUAGAUUCACGUUUAAUGUCAAAUAUUUGGAUUUUGGAACAGUUUUGUAAUGACGGCAGAAAGAAUUUUAUCAGAGAGUUAAAAAAAACAACGACAUUGGAUAAAACUUCGAUGGAACCUUGUGUGCCCAUCUUCUCUUGUAGUGAAAGCGGAAUGGGUUUGUUGUGUUUGUGUGACCCGGUGUAUUACUGCUAACCUGAAAGCGUCCAUGAGAAUGAUUUGUCGUCGAAGAAUCGGACUGGGACGUUUGGCUCUCACCCUCGCCCUCUAUAUGGACUGUGCCAAACGAGCCUGAUUGACCUGAUGUUGAUAAAUGUCUUCUUACUUACAUGCCAUCAAACUAAUUUACAAAGCUAUGGUGUGCAGUCGUGUCGUCACGAUCAAUCACCUAGUUAACACUGGCUUUUUUUCUAAAAGGAAUAAAUCAAAUUUGCAAAAUGUAGGUUCAUAACUGUGAGUCACGUUGCCUCUGGCAGUGCAUCAGAGGUGGUUGCGUUGUCUUUGACUUGUCCUGAGGGUUUAUCCAUCUUGUAAAGGAAUAAAAUGUUUUAUUGAAAAAAAGA